CCUACCCCAAUUAUUUAAGCUUCCAAUUCCACCUCAAAACCCAAAACGCAAAACCAAAACCCUCUCCACUUUCUUUUCUCUCCCUUUUCACUCGCUUACUCACAAACCCAUUUUCUUAUUUUCUCUUCUCUCUCAACAAGAUGACACGCACGCUCAGAAUUCUCAAAUCCGCUGACAACGCCACCGCCGUCGCGGCGGCGCCGCCGCCGGAGGCUGUGGCCCUUGAGUCAGAUUUCGUGGUGAUUCUCGCGGCCCUGCUCUGCGCCCUCAUAUGCGUGGUGGGACUCGUCGCCGUCGCGAGGUGCGCUUGGCUCCGGCGGGGCUCCGGCAACGGAAGCUCUCCUCGGCAAGCUUUGGCGAACAAGGGGCUGAAGAAGAAGGUGCUGCAGUCGCUUCCCAAGUUCGCUUACGUCGAUAGCAACCCGAGCAAGUGGGUCGCGACGUCGGAAUGCGCGAUUUGCCUGGCGGAUUUCGCCGCCGGCGACGAGAUUCGGGUGCUGCCGCAGUGCGGCCACGGGUUCCACGUCGCGUGCAUAGACACGUGGCUCGGGUCCCACUCGUCGUGCCCUUCAUGUCGGCAGGUUCUGGCGGUGGCUCGGUGCCAGAAGUGUGGGCGGUUUCCGGCCACCGGCGGCGGAGUCACCAGAACGGCGGUGAGUGAACCCGAAUUGAAGUCCAGAGAAGACGACAAUGCAGCUAAUAAUAACAAUAAUAAUAGCGGCGGUGUUAGUGGGAGCAGUAACAUGGAACAUCAUCAUAGCCACCAAGUUAACAUUGGUGGUUUCUUGCCAUGAACAUAAAAGUUGUAGCUUUUGUAUUUAUUAGUAGUUUUUUUUAAAAAAAAACUUUUGUACUUUGUAAUCACUUUAAGUUAAUCAAAGAGAUCGGAAUUUGGGCAUUUUUUUUAAACUUUAUAAAUCGUUGCUUAUCUUGCAGAGAUUAGAUUAGUGUAUGUAAUAUAAUAAUGUAUACAUUUGUGGAUUUUUGCGUAAAAGGUGUAAUUAAUCUCAAUAUAAAAGUUAAAAAGUGUAAAAGAAUUUGUCUAUUUA